AAAACAUUUCAUGUAAUGUUUGCAGGUACCAGGAUGUCAAAGGUCUCAGCUGUGGUGUUGAUGACACUCGUCUCCCUGGUGUUAGCAGAGGAAAUCCAAACUGCAGAUGACCCAUUCACCUAUGACUACCACAGACUGCGUGUUUGGGGCCUGGUUCUGGCUGGGGUGUUGUGUCUGAUCGGCAUCACCAUUCUGCUCAGCGGACACUGUCGGUGCAAGUUCAACCAGGACAAGAGGAGGAGGACGGCAAGCAACGCUUAGCCAAUGCUCAAUGAAGGUCGCUCCUGUGACGACUAGACAUCUUGAAUUCCUGGAGAAGAUCUGCCACAGAAAUUGUGACAUCCAAGCACAAACCUUUGUUAAAUUGUUACAAAUAGCAGACGAAAGCAGCUCAAGAUCGUCGGGUGGGGGGGCGCUGAAGAGCUCCCGGCCACCGUAAUGCUAACUGACCUGACGUCCAAAUACACAACAUACAACUUUACACACAAUCAUGUGCAACUGUAUUUUGUUACUAUUUGUCUGGCAUUUUUGUUUAUUGCUGUGUCUUCAUCCAUCACACCAACUACCAAAGUGUGUGUGUAUGACUGUAUUUUAUGUGCAAAAUGAACACAAAUGUAGAUAUUAGCAUCCAUCUUAACACAAUGUGUCCGUGUGUAUUCCUAAACAACCAAUAAACAACAAGGUGUGAUCCACUCAA